AUGAUUAAUGUUUUCGACGUGCCGGUUAUAGCUUUGUUUGAUACUGGAGCGUCCCACUCUUUCAUUUCACAUGCUGCUUGUAAGAGAUUAGAACUGACUCCACAAUUGGCUGAGACAACUUUAGAGGUUAGCACCCCUGGUGGUGGAAGAUUGGCUGCUAAGGACAUUAUCUCAAACUUAGAGCUGAACAUAGGUGCUGAAACGUUUAAGGCAGAUUUGUACGUCAUCUCUAUGAUAGAAUUCGACAUAAUCAUAGGGAUGGACUGGCUUACUCAAGUCGGUGCCACGAUACUAUGUAGCGAGAGAAAGAUCUCUUUCCAAUCCGUUGGAAAGGAGAAGGCAAGUUUUCAUGGCAUAAGAAUGGGAGGGAGAGUACCAGUAAUUUCAGCGAUGAAGGCCAUCAAAAUGAUGAGAAAUGGAGAAUGUCGGGCUUUCCUAGUCAGUUUGACAGGAGAACGUGAAGCAAAGAAAACAAUCGAAGAAGUUCCAGUGGUGCGACAUUUCAAAGAUGUUUUUCUCGAAGAAUUGCCUGGUAUGCCACCGAACCGACAACUAGAAUUCACGAUUGAUCUAGAACCGGGGGCAGCACCAGUGUCCAAGGCACCAUACAGGAUGGCUCCGCCGGAGUUACAACAAUUGAAAGUGCAGCUGCAAGAACUGCUGGAUCUAGGUUUCAUACAGCCUAGCGUAUCACCAUGGGGAGCACCAGUCUUACUGAAGAACAACACGAAGAGCACUUGCGCAUCGUACUCGAAACCCUGCGUAAUGAGAGAUUGUUUGCCAAAUUCAGUAAGUGUGAGUUUUGGUUGA